ACCGAUUCAGACAUUCUUAUUUCUGUUUUGUCUGUGUUUUCUGCUACAGUGUCAACGCAGGAUGCGUGGCCUUGAUCGUGCAGAUCUGAUCUGGGGAGAAUUUGUGAAUUCUUCCCAUCUUCCCUGCAUUCCGGCUCCUCCGACCGCGUCCCUCACCUUGUCAAACUGGCAGGCUCUGGACAUUUUGUGUGCUGAAGAAAAUCACUGUUUCGCCUCCAGCAAGGAACGUAAAUGUUGCAACCCUGACUCCUCCUCUAAUGAAGAAAGAGUGGACAAGUGCACCGAGUUGAGCUGCUGCUCGCAGAAGCCACUGGGCUGCCCACGGAGGCUGAAAGCCCCAGACAGCGCUGCUCCUGGGCUGGGCUUCCCGCCCUGGCCGUUCUUCUCCCCCCCCUUUCUGGAUUUUACCGGCUGUUCGCAAAACAGCUUUGCACACAAUGGAUCUCCACGUCCCAGCGCAGCAAGUGCUCAAGGCCUGAUAUGGCAGAUCCUGCUCGCCAGCAAAAAAUUAAAUGUCAUCUUUGAAGAACCCCAUCAAAGCUACAGAACUCUACUCCUAUUCAUGGAGGAAAACACCAAGGAUGCUUUGCACAUGAACCCUGAAGUGAAUCUCUGAUACAUUCCCUGGAGCAAGAAAAGGGAGCCAACAUGAAGGAAAAUGUGGCAUCCGUGAUUGUUUUCCUCCUGCUACUUUUUCUCAACAUCCGUCUUCUGAAUGGGCAGUCACCUCCUGGAAAACCUUUCAUCUUCAAAUGCCGCUCUCCUGAGAAGGAAACAUUCACCUGCUGGUGGAGGCCUGGAGCAGAUGGAGGACUUCCUACCAAUUACACACUGAUGUACCACAAGGAAGGAGAAACAAUCACCCAUGAGUGUCCAGACUACAAGACCAGUGGUCCCAACUCGUGUUACUUUAGCAAGAAGCACACCUCCAUAUGGACAAUAUACAUCAUCACAGUGAAUGCCACCAACCAGAUGGGAAGCAGUGUUUCAGAUCCACGUUAUGUGGAUGUGACUUACAUAGUUGAACCAGACCCUCCUGUGAACCUGACUUUGGAAGUAAAACAUCCAGAGGACAGAAAACCCUACUUGUGGACAAAGUGGCUUCCACCUACCUUGGUUGAUGUAAGAUCUGGUUGGCUCACACUACAGUAUGAAAUUCGAUUAAAACCUGAGAAAGCAGCUGAGUGGGAGACUCAUUUUGCUGGGCAGCAGACACAGUUUAAGAUUCUCAGCUUAUAUCCAGGACAGAAAUACCUUGUCCAGGUUCGCUGCAAGCCAGAUCAUGGGUUCUGGAGUGUGUGGAGCCCUGAGAGCUCCAUUCAGAUACCUAAUGACUCUACCAUGAAAGAUAUAACCGUGUGGAUCUUUGUGGCUGUUCUUUCUACCAUCAUCUGUUUGAUUAUGAUCUGGGCAGUGGCUUUGAAGGGCUAUAGCAUGGUGACCUGCAUCUUUCCACCAGUUCCUGGGCCAAAAAUAAAAGGAUUUGAUACUCAUCUGCUGGAGAAGGGCAGGUCUGAGGAACUCCUGAGUGCCUUGGGAUGUCAGGACUUCCCUCCCACUGCUGACUGUGAGGACUUGCUGGUGGAGUUUCUAGAAGUGGACGACAGUGAGGACCAGCGGCUGAUGCCAGCCCACUCAAAAGAACACUCCGGUCCAGGCAUGAAACCCACACACCUCGAUCCUGACAACGACUCUGGCCGGGGAAGCUGUGGCAGUCCUUCCCUUUUGUCUGAAAAGUGUGAGGAGCCCCAGGCUAAUCCGUCCACGUUCCAUACCCCUGAGGUUAUUGAGCAGCCAAAGAAGCCCAAAGCAAAUGUCACCCACACUUGGGACCCCCAGACUAUAAGCCUGGUAGGCAAAAUGCCCUACCUGAGUGUCAGUGGGUCCAAAUCUUCAACAUGGCCUUUACUGCAGCCCAGUCAGCACAACCCAAAUUCUCCUUACCACAACAUUGCUGACAUGUGUAAGCUGGCCAUGAGCCCAGCAGGUGCACUGGCCACUUCACUGGACAAAACAGACAAAGAUGCUUUACAAUCCUCUAAAACCAUUGAGGCUGGAGGAGAGGAAAAGGCAACCAAGCAGAGAGAAGUGGAGAGCUCCCAUUCCAAGGCUGAGCAAGACACAGGAUGGCUGCUGCCCAAAGAGAAACCCCCCUUUACCUCCCCAAAGCCGCUGGAUUAUGUGGAGAUUCACAAGGUCAACAAAGAUGGAGCACUAUCAUUGCUACUGAAACAGAAAGAGAAUGGUGACCAGACUGGGAAGGCUGGGACCCCUGAAACCAGCAAGGAGUACGCUAAAGUGUCCAGGGUUAUGGAUAACAACAUCCUGGUGUUAGUGCAAGAUCCAAGAGUCCAAAACGUGGCUUUGUUUGAAGAGUCAACCAAGGAGGCUCCGCCAUCACCUUCUCAGAACCAAGCUGAGAAAGACCUGUCCAGCUUCUCCAUGGCCCCAAACGACUGCAGACUCCAGCGGGGGGGGCUGGAUUACCUGGAUCCUGCAUGUCUCAUGCACUCCCUUCAUUGAUAGCUUGACUCAUGGGAUGAUUGUUUCAAAUGUGAUUUCCUUUCAGGUAACACUACAGAAUCCAAGAAAUACGGUCUACUAGUGUGUGCUCGAGAAUGUGGUUAGAAUGACGCUUACUCAAGCUCACGGUUUCUCCUUUUCAUGCUCAAUUUUCAGCCACUUGCCUUUUUUCUUCAAUAGCUGAUUCCAGAACAAAUCAUUUCAUUUCCUAACUGUGAUUUGUAGAUUUCCUCUUUGCUAUUCAUUAUACAAUUAUAUGCUUGAUGAAAUAAAAGCACAUUGCUUCGUACUCUUGAGGGACAGUGCCGAUAGGUAUCUCCUCUGGAAAAGGCUUUCAUGGUUUGGUUUGUGCCAAAAAGAAAUGAUAUGGUCAAAAUGCUUACCACAGGGAGAUGACAGCUAUGUGGAAAAUGCCAUGAAAACCACUUUUGAAAGCCAAUUGUUUAAUCUUUAUACCACACUAUCAUUUUUAUUAUAAUUACCCAAAUAUAACACAUUUAAGGAAAGAAUGCAUCCCAGAACACUUGACAAAUCAUUGACGUAAGUUCUGGCACCUUACUGACACAUUGCCCGUACGCAAGUAAAGGGAGGCCUCCAAUGUUUCCUUAAGAUACUUUUAAUAAGUUCAGGAUACAUUUCUCUCCCAUCCCUGAAUUUUAUUUCAUUCCAAAGCCUCUGGAGAAUAUAGUUUAGGAAAGUGAAAUUUUCUUACACAAGAGGCAAAUGAAUUUCAUGUGACAAAUUCUUUUAAAAUGUUUUCCUGCCUCAUUUCAGCAGGAUAGAUAAUUUAUUAUAUACCCUAAUCUUUUCUUGGAGGAUAAAACAUCCCAAAAGACUAACUUUAAUUUAAAAGAUAAUCAUAGCAGGAUGCUAAUAGAAAUACUGCCUUAUUGUACAUACAAAUUCUACUUUAUUAUGAACCCCCAAGUGUAACAAUGUAUUUUUGAAGACUAUUUUUCUAUCACUUAGGUAAAAUAAAAGACUAUUUUCUAUCUUCCCAGUACAGCUGUUUACGUAUUCAGUGGGCACAGUGUUUUCUGCUACGAGGUUGUAGUAUUUACAGCACAUAGUUGUAUAUGCAGUUUCUGUUUGUGGAGUACAACGCCACACCAACCCUAAAGCCAUUGAGAAAUAUGAAGUGGGUAACAAAAUUCAGUUUCCAACACAUCAUUGUGUAGAUUAUCUGAUUCUAUUUACCUUUAGGAUACUUCACACAACAACCAGGAUCCCAUUCCAGAAGUUAUUCCUCCCUGUCACCCCAUAAGGAGAGGGCUGGUCUGGGGUCUCUGACCUUCUAUGGGGUGAAUCUUCAUGACAUUACCAUGAAAAAUAAGAGGGGUGACUUUUAACACUGUUUCAGAGAAAGAAGUUUGCUUUUGUUUUAUUUCUCUGAUAAAUUUUGGAAAGCAAAAAAUAUUUUAAACAAAGCCAGCAGUUAGUAUCUCUCUGGGGUAGAUCAGUUUGCAAAAUCUUGGCUGAGGUAGAAAUGUGCUCACAUGAGAAGAGUCUAAGUAAAAGUUCUAGGAAACCAAACAUCUGUAGAGCGAUAAGAACAGCUCCAAAGGUCAGGGAAUAGUAGUCAAACUCUCCAGGUCAGUUCCAAGGGCAGGCCUCUUGAGAGGGGUCCAAAGCUUGGAUCUUCAUUUAAAGGGAACACCUAUAAUUUAUCUACUGUACAAACUGCCUCCUUCUAUUUUUCAUUUUGCCUAUUGGCAAACCCACUGUCUGUAUCCAUUCACUAACGGGGCAUAGAGAACUUGACUCACCUCUGUGAGUAAAACAUUCCACCUCAAAAAGCUCAUAGUGACAGGAAAUUGUCCAAGUUCAUUCAAUCUCCCAGAUCCUCCAUUCUCGUGUGUCUAAGGACAAGCUGCAUUUCCAUGAUCUGGGCACUGUUUGUAAAUUCUGUUUGCAGAAUCUCAGGCCCCAACCAGACCUUCAGAAUCAGAAUCUGCAUUUUACCGAAAUCUCCAGAUGAUUCAAGUGUACAUUGAAGUUGGAGAAGCACUACUUUAAUGACCAUUUCCACUAAAGGUUACUUUAGUACAUGGAAACAAUCCUGGCUUGGAAAAUUUAGCCAAAUCAGUUUGACUUGCAGUGAACAACACUGUGCAUGAGGAGAAGGGAACACAGCAAAACCUAUGAGGGAUUAAAGAGUCACAUCACAGAGAAUCCUAUGUGAGUUCUAGAUAAGAGAAUGGCCCGUAAAAUACACACAACUUCCUAGAGGGCCAGGGAAUACAGCCCACCUUCAGGAACACUGAACAAAAAGACAAUGAUGUUCAAAGCCAACAUACACCUAAUCUUUCUAGCAUAGUCCAUCCUUCAUUGAUCAAUUGAUUGAUUGAUAGGUAGAUAUCACCUUCAAAAACUUAUAAACAAUCCACUUCUGACAAACAAUUUUGCAGACAUGAAAACAUGCUAUGCCUAAAAUCUUGAACUAAAUCCUUAAAACACCAAUUAGUUACUCAUUAAAAAAAACCAAGACUAUAAUUCCACGGUCAGUUAAAACUCUUUAUUUGAACUAGUUUUUUUUUUUUUUUUAAUGGUCCUACAUAUUUUCCACUAAGGAGACAGUUGCUUCAAUGAAAGAAUGUAUACUAGAGAUCAAGAAAUCUGGGUUCUAGUUCUAGCUGUUUUGCCUUGGAUCCACUCUCUUCUCCGAGUCUCAGCUUCCUCUGAAGAUGCUGGACAAAAUAAUCUCUAAGUUCAUUUUAAAUUCUGCCUCCUUGUUUCCGUGACUCACUGACUAUUUUCCUACAGAAAUAAUUAAAACCAAUGCCUUGUAUCUUAAUUCCUAUAUCAAAUAAUUGCUCUUCCUCAUGCAAAUGGGAAGUAAUCCUCAGUAAUGCACUUGCCUCACUUCACUUUUUAAAUCCUCAGUUCUAAUUGGUCUUAAUAUAUUGCCCACACCUUUUAUCAGUUGUCUAGAUGCAGAAACUUAUUCUAAGAUAAUGUGCAUGUUCAUUCAUAGAGAAAAGAGUCUUACUGAAUGAAACACUAAUCCUUAGGAAAAAAUGAUCUUUUGCUGAAUUAAGCCAUAUUCAUUCCUUUCUGAGUCUAACUGCUCCAAAUGUCUCCUCUUCUAUCUGGAUGUUGAUUUUCCCCCCUCAUCAUACAUUAUGAACAAAUAUUGCACAUUUAGCUUAUAGAGGUUGUCCUCUGAAUUUAAAAAGCAAAUUGAAUUUUUAUUUAAUAAAAAUACCAAAAUAUCCAAGUUACAAAGCACAUGUGAACUGGAUAAUAAUCGAGGUAUGAUUUAUGGAGGUUUAUGACCCAAACAGCAAAGUGUUCUCUGAUCAGUUUUAACAAAGUUAUAUAUGGCACUUAAUAGGCAGACAGGUUAUUAUCACCUAUGCCACUGACGCUUAAUAGACUUUGCAUUCUCUGAAGUGCCUAAGACCAAUCCUGGUAGUUAAUUAUGUACUAAAGACUCUAGUUUUUAACUACUUUCUUCUGAAAGGGUUGACCCCUUGCUGCCUACACAAGAUCAAAGUAGUUUGACUCUUGGUCCUAUGGUGACCCAACUGAACUGAAGAAUCCUAUGUGUUAAUGAGCAGCUAAAGGGCCCUGAGUUCUGGUGAGCAGUUCAUUUUUGGAAAAAAAGAAAAUCUAGUUCUUUCUUGAACUGCCCACCCCCCCCUCCCCCCAACCCUCUGGCUGUCCAUCACUUGUGGAAAAACUUGGUCCUACUUUAGCAACUUCCCUGUCUCCUUAGUGAAGAAACAGAUUUGUACACGUAUUACAAAGUGCCUUCCUUUGCUUUUUUAAAAAAUUUGCAUUUUUUGUAAAAAAAAAAAGUAUAUUGAUUAGAAAGUAAAAUUUCCCUUUUAUGUAACUGAAAGGAGAACCAAGGAGAGGUAAGGCCAGAAAGAAAAUGACAGAAUAGUCCAAGGACCAGCUCGCUGGGGUUGUUCAUUGGGUUUUCAUAUAUUGUUUAAUUGUAAUACCACCAAGUUGAUGGGAAUUAUAGUGUAAUUUACUUCUCCUCAUAAGAAAUUUGGUCUGGCUAUGAUUUGGGCAUAAACCUGCCACCUUAUAAUUCUACAUUCUUCACUUUAAAAUCUAGUGAUACCCUUUUGAAUGCCAAUGAAUUGCCAGGGCUUUAAAAGCACAUUGCACACACAUUGGAACUUUGCACAGAGAUUGGAAAAUAUUAAUGACUUUGAAUUACCUUUCCAACUGUUGUUAACAUAGAUUUUUCAUUGAAGAAAGUCUCACAUGUACUUCACUGAACAAAUUUGCUUUUCUGAUUCAAGCACAAUAGUGUCAUCAAAAAAAAUAUGUGCAGGUCUAAGUCAAAUCUCUGCCACUAAACAGGCUAUGUUAACUUGAAUGAGUCCUUAAAACUCUGACAACAAGUUUCCUCACCUGUUAAAAAAGUGAGUUGACCAAAAAUGUGCCUAAGGCCUCUUCCAGUUCUGUCUUUAAUUAUCAUGAUCAUAAAUAAUAUCCAGGCUUUCAGGUCAAGGCCCAUAUACAGUGCAAGCAAGUGUUGCUUACAUAGCCUUGACCUAAGCAGUGAAGUCAUGAAACAGCAUGUCUGUAACAAUAUUUAUGAGAAAAACAGAGAUAUGGCCCUCCAAGUCCAACUGAUGUAACUCUUCUUGCCUAGCCUUAGAUACUGAGGAGCUUCUACUUCCUCUCUUCAGGGUCUAUUAUUUUUCCCAAGAGUUACUUAAUAUUCAGUAGCAAAUAGAGAAUCCGCAAGAAAUGAAAUUAUUGAAAAACAAUGAUUUUGACCCUGCAAAGAAUGAAUCAAAUGUUAAACCAGCAGCACAUACAUCCAAGCCCAAGUUGAGGGUCCCAAAUACACCCCAUUUAGAGAUUUGCAUCUUGGAGAUUAGAGCCUUCUUUCAUUAAGUAUUAAACUAAUUCUAAGAUUGUUGAUAAACCCAAGCUAUGCUAAUGAGUAGAUACUGGAGAUCUUAAGAGAAAUUUCAAAAAUACACAAUGAUUGCCACAAAGCUUGUGAUUUAAUCAGAAAUCUCUUUACAAUUACAACUUGGACUUAUUCCAUGAUUAGCAGAGUUGGGCUUCUUCCAUGAUUUGCAGUAUAUAUCAUCUGAAAAUCAAAUGUUUCUCUCCCCAGACUUUCACUUUUCAGGAUGGUGAUUUUUGUUCUGGGUCCCUCACAGUAUCAAUAUUUAUGAAAGGAGAAAAAUAGAAAAUAGAAUGUUUUCAGGGGUUUUGGCCAACUCAAGAUCACAUAUAACAACAAGUAGCCCACUAAGCACAUAUUUUGCUGGACAUGGCAAAAUCUACAAUCUAUUCAGUGUUCUGAGCUUGUGGUGAGAAGCUGUGUACAUCAUUCAUAGCACUCUAUGCCAAUGGCCAUCUUGUGCAUAAUCAGUUCCUGUGAUUUAUGCUCUGCUUUCAAUUUGGAAAGCACUGAGGCACCUAAUGUAAAAAAACAUAUUCUGCUUAAUUGGUUGUUGUCAGUGAACAGAACUCUCAGAUAGUCUAUUAACAUUUUACCUGCUGCUGAUUGAAAUAAAACUAAUACCUUUGACAAGUGAAGUAGUCAUUUAAAAAAUAACUUUUAAUAGUUAUAGCCAAAUUAAGCUUCAAUUGGAUAAACCCAAAAUGCAGUCUUAAUUUUUUUGUGAACAUUUUGCAAAUCCUUGGCAGGGGAAGGAUUUCAAUUUUAUCAUGUUAUCUAAAAUCAAAAAAGUGUAUGGAAAAGAUACCUCUGAAAAAUAAUUUGUAUUAUAAAAUUCCUGAAAACAAUGUUUUUGAAUUUUGAAGGUAACUACCUCCCUUGUGUCCUAACAUCCUUCCUUCAAAGCUGCUUGUAGUUUAGAAACAAAAAAAAACCUCAAGCUUUGACCUUUUUUGGCAGCAUAUCUGAUGUAUUCGCCAUGUGAUAUUCCUGACUUCAAAGUAACCAUUAUAUUAUUUUAUAUUAUAAUGGCUUUAUGCGGUUCAAAAACAACACAUACCACAUUGAAAUAUAUAAUCCUCAUGUUGAGAAGCUCACCAUGUAAUACCAAUGAAAACCAUUAUUUAAUUACUUAGAAUCUAUCCACAUGUAGUUUCUAUAUGAUUGUGUCUGUCUGUAAGACAAAAUUGAAGAAGUAUGUUAUCAUGUGUUUCUGUGAAAAUGGUGAAUGUACAAGUUUCUUUUCUUAGUCUUUGUCCAGAUGUAGUGUUAUAUUCCAGUGUACAGCUGAUCUGGGGUGUCAGAUGUUUAGUAAUCUCCAACAGUUGUCUAAGCCAACCCCCUCAGCUUUGCUCCAAGUGGCCAGAAAUGCUUCAGAGUAUUAUUUGCAUCAUGAGGCUUGUUUUUGUGCUUCACCAUUCAUUUUAAACAAUGUAAAAUCUCAUGUGGAAACCAAAGUAAUCUAGAACCAGCCUCCUGAGUGAUUGUGUCUUCUGUAAAGCCAUAUUGCAGUGAAGAUGGUGUGGCAGCAUCAGCUUCCAUAUUUUCACAGCUAGCACUACCUCUGCUUUUCCUCUGUUUCUAGCAAAUGCCAAGCAAAAUCUUCUACACUAGGUAGGAAAUUAAAAGUGAUUGUCAGAAGAAGUCACUGGGGUUGUUAUUUAUUAGAAGUUUUAACUCACCACUUAGCAGGUUUGUGCUAGGUUUUCUGAGUAGCCAUUUUUAUAUUUUUCCAUUUUAUAACACCUAGCUGACACGUAAAUUCAGAAAGGACUUACAGGAAGUCAUCAGGUGAAAAACCAACACCACCAGUGAAUAUAGAUGUAUUCUUAAUGAUAAGUCACAUCAAGAUGGUUGUCCAAAGCCAUGAUAAUAAAUAUCAUUAUUGAAAAUACCCAGAUCAGUGCCUGCACAGUCAGAAUUUAUUUGUCUUGCCUACCUUUCCUCUGUUUGUUUUUUAAUGGAGAUGAACAGAAUAACAAGAGUAUGACUGAAGCAAUUUCCUUGCAGACUUUUUGCCACUAAAAUGUUUACAAUUUGAUUCUUCUAAUCCUCCUAGAAAUAAAUCUCUUCCUAAUGUGAUUAUUUUUUAGCUGUCAAAUAUACUAGGCUAUGGGAAAAGUCAGCUAGGAAUAAUCUGGUUUUGAUUUUAAAAACUCAUUUCUAUAUGUAGUUAUUAUAAUGCCCAUUUUUUUUCUUGCUAGCCUUAAAGAAUGAUCUGAUUUGUUACAGUGCAUUUUCAUUCUGCAAAUCUUUGGUUACUGCACUUUGCGCUUUCAAUUUGCCAUGGGUUGAUUCAUUUGUCUCCUUCCAUUUUGAGGGGACAACAUGGAUAGGUAAAAUAGUAUGGGAGACAAUGUUCACUGCUAUUAUUAUAACAUCUUCAUUCUUACUGCAAGCCAAAGAUAAUGCUUGCCAAACACAAUCUUAGGCAUCCCAAUAUAAUAUGGCUAUUAUAAUUCUGUUCAUGUCAUUAUUGAAAAUAUCCAGCUCAGCACUUGGCUCAAUAAAUGUUUAUUUCCUUUGCCUACCCUUCCUUUAUAUUUUUAUGUUGUUUGAAAUGUAAAUGAGCAGAAUAAUGUGUGUGGCUGAAGCAAUUUUCUUGAAGGUUUUUUUGCUUCUAAAAAAUUGAUAAUCAGGAAAUUCUUUAUAUAAGUUGGUUCAAAAUGGUUUCCCCCUUUAUCCUCACCCUUCUGUAUGAUCGCAAGACAAAAUAUCCUUCCUUUACCUCAUGCCUUUCACCUAAGAGGCUGCUAAAUGUAAAGUGAGAUGGAAGUAGGAGCACGGGGAGCAAAUAAGAGAGGCUCAUUUGAAUGUUGUGAAAUACAAGAAGGACCAACCCAGUUUUUAGAAGUGGAAUCUCUGAACAGUAUGAUUCAACCAUGUUAUUAACAACAUCUUUUCUGACAAAAUCCAUCAGAGGAACUGGGAAUAAAUAACCUUUUCCUUUUAUUAUAUAGAGAUCUAGAAACCAUUCUUGUGCUGAGCAAUGAGAAAUGGCAUGGGGGGUACGCUUCACAAAUUCUCUACUGUGAUUCAAUUAUCUAAUGCCAUGUCCUACAGAAGAAUGAGAAAUUUCUUUUUCAAAUGAGUCUCAUGCUUUAAAAUUUGGCUUCAAAGAAACCCAGACCCUCCCAUGCUUCUACUGGAGCCAUCCACCCUUAAUUCUUGGGCCUACUUGUAUUUUUAAGCUGCAAAAUUUGGAGUGUCAGUCACCACAGGAUGGAUACAAUUCAUGACAAGCUGGAGAAAUCAUAUGUAGCUAAUUUUCCAAAAGUAUUGCAUGUGAUUUCCUGAAAGAAAACAGAAAUUACAUAUUGCCACCUCUUGCCAGAAUCCUAUCUGAAACUUUAACUCAGACUCCCUACAAUCUGCUAAUCAACUUUUAUGCUUUCUCAAUGCCCUCUAUUAUUUAGGGACUAGGAAACACAACUUCCAUAUGUUAGAAUCCUUGAAAUCUUAGGGUGAGAGAGGAGGGUGGGAGUAGGAAGGAGUAUAAACAAUAGGGUUACUGAGAAGCCCCCCACAAAGACCUUCCUGGCCAGGAUGUGAAAAGAGCAAUUCCUGCUGGCUUGACCUGUGAAAGCCCCUCCAAACCAUGCAGAUGAACUUGAACCUGUUUUUGAUAUCACAAAAUGUAUUCCAUCCUGGUGGUCCUGACACCUAAGGAAUUCUUCCCUCUACAGUCUCCUCCACCCAUCCCACAGUACCCCUCAACUCUGCUGCCCAUGCACACACUAGGCAUUUUUCUCUAGUUAUGAGUAGAUUCACAAUAAAACAUUUGCAUACAAAUUGACUCGAAGCACAGAUAUUUUUAUGAAUGCGAUAAAAUAUUUUUUUAAGAAAAGGCUAGAGAAUGUCAGUCAAAUAAAACAUCAUGUGGAUGUUGGUUGGCAAACACUGGUAUAAGAAAUGGGAGCUCAGGAACUUUUAUUACUGUAUUUACAAAUGUGUUUGAAAGAAUUUGUUAAUGCCACAGGUUUGUUUAUAAGAUGAUACAUUUGUUCCUUUUAAAGUAUUAAAUUACCAGAAGAGCUUAAAUGACAUUUGCCAGUAAUUGUACUUGAUGUGAUCAAUAUUGAUAUUACUGCUAAACUCUGUAACUUUAUGAUGCAUUUUUCAAUCUUUUUCAGAGCAAAUGCUUUUGCAAUGGUAGCAAUGCUUAGUUUAAAUUGACUUAAUAAAUUAUUUCCUGAGCAAUGGA